AUGGUGGAUGAGAGAUACCUGCAAAAAUUGAUUGCACAGGCAAAAGUCCAUGACCAAGAUCCACAAGAUCACCAGCAACCUUCUCCUGCAAGAAAACGCUCGGCCGAUGUGGCUUUUGGCCCUCGCUCGGAAGCCGACACGAGCCAUGCUAGUAAGGAUUAUAGAACUCGCAACAUAUGGGAUCUUACUGAAGAAACAGUUCCAGUGAGCGCAGUGCCUCACCAAGACGAACUACCUCCUUACCAGCCAGUUGACCAAGGGCGCUGCGUUUGGGCCAACCCAUUCACACUGCCGUCGAGAACAGUCAAUGGUCUUUACAAAGGCAAGAGUGGCUGGAUCUGGCUUGCGCCGACGUCACUGUGGUCUCUGACUACUCGACUAUCAUUGAUGCUAGCUGAGAACUUACACCCGGAGAUUCCAUACCGAUUUCCGAGCUCUCUAAACAAGGAGAUAUAUCCAAUGCGCUGGAGGCCUGCCCCCAUUGAAGACCCUCCUGACAUAAGUGGACUGCCUUCGGCCGAUGAUGCACUAUAUCAGUUCAACACCGUGAAACACCAUCUCGAUCAGCAUUAUCGAUUCUUCGAUGAAGAGUCUUUUACACGCCACCUAGAUGAGUUUUACGCGGGUAAUUCACUUCAAAAGGCUACUGAAAACCGACUCUGGUUUGUGCACUUUCUGCUUGUCCUCGCCUUUGGCAAUGCGUUUCUCCUCCGCUCUCGGAGCACCAAAGACCCGCCGGGGUCUAGAUUCUUCUUGCGGGCUAUGUCCCUUCUGCCCGAUUAUGCAAAUCUGUGGACCGAUGGUCUGCUAGCUGUUGAAGUUCUGGCUCUCGCUGGGCUCUAUCUUUAUUGCAUUGACCAUCGGGAGUCGGCGCACGUAUAUAUUGGCCAGGCUAUUAGAAUUGCCCAGCUCGAUGGCUUACACACUGAGCUUCCUGAACAUGAGCUCGGAGUCGAAACUGUGUCCCGCUGCCGAAAUUUAUGGUGGACGCUCUAUGUGAUGGAUCGACAUGUCUCAUCCUCACUAGGUCUGCCUAUGACUACCCAAGACAGUGAUAUUACGACAACCCUCAACCCCGCCCCCGCCGGCUCGCGCCCAGAUGCCACUCUCAGUCUACAUGUGAAGUUGUCCUAUCUAUUUUCUUCCAUAUUAACAUCCAUCUAUAAAAACGAGAAAACCGAGCUAGGCAUUUUCCUUGAAAAGACUCGAACUAUUCUACAGACGAUGACCAUAUAUGCACGGGAGAUAGAGAACAUGGUUCAUCCAAAGUCUACGACCUCCGUGGAGACCAUGCCAAAGGGCACACGAUACAUCACAUUGUUGUAUCACCAGUGCGUCCUUGUAGCCACCCGACCACUGCUCUUGUCAGUUCUCAAGGAACGAUUAGAAAGACUUGGAGACAUAGGACAUCGAGAAGAUGACUGGCGGAGCUUUUUAGCACCAACAAAAGCUUUGAUAUCAACUGGAAUCAAGUCAGCGAUUCAAACUCUCCAAAUUCUGACCGAUGAAGACAGCCUUCUUGGUAAGAAUCUUCUCAUCUAG